UUUGCUUCCGACCAGCGGCUCGAUCCUGUCGGAUUUGAAUUGCUUCCGUCUCCGAGUCCCCCGCCUCCUCUUCGAGACCUAUCGCGAUACUUCUUCAUCCCUACCGGCCAGAGCGGGACGGGAUAGCCCUGGAUAAUCUGGACGCCUGGUAACCGUAACAAGCUAUGUUGCCCCUGAAGCUUCAGGUUUCUUCUUGGUUAGGUGGAGCAGCAGCGGCACAAAAGCGGGAGGGAGGCACCGAGGGUCUGCUGCUCUGCUUGGCGAGGUUCCUCGCAGUUUAGCAGCAGAUGCACGUUCAGGGGGGGCAAAAUGGCAGCCUCUACUUCAUCAUCAUCAGCUGGUGGAGUGAGUGGGAGCUCUGUGACUGGAUCUGGGUUUAGUGUGUCAGAUCUUGCCACACCACAGAAAGCCCUCUUUACAUACCCUAAAGGAGCCGGGGAAAUGUUAGAAGAUGGGUCAGAACGAUUCCUUUGUGAAUCUGUUUUCAGCUAUCAAGUUGCAUCCACACUAAAACAAGUGAAACAUGAUCAGCAAGUUGCUCGAAUGGAAAAACUUGCUGGCUUAGUGGAAGAACUAGAGGCAGAUGAAUGGAGAUACAAACCCAUUGAACAGCUUUUGGGCUUCACACCUUCUUUAGGUUGAAAUGUAGCAAUUUGUUGAUGUGGAAAGAUCAAGGACUAAUAUAGCUCCAUUUUAAAAGUUUCAGUGAUUUCAUUUUGCAUUUUCCCACAAUGCUGAUGAUAAAAUAAUCCAGAGCUAUGUUUCUUUCACCAGAUCCAGUAAAAUGUGUUUAUAAAAUCUCUUUAGUUUUCUUCUUUAGCCACUUUAACACUUGAUUGAGGAUGGUGUGAUUUCUGUAACUAAGGAGAUGUAAUCAGUUUUCAGAAAAGAAUCUGUUUGCUCAGCGGGGAAGGGAUAUUAUUUCAAUUCAACAGUCCUGAUUUGCUGACCUUGAGCUUGCAAACUGAAAGUUGACUGGGUAGUUGGACCUUUCUUGUAUAUAAUUCUUGGAGGACAGAGUAAAAAGCCAUACUUUUUAGCCCUGAGCUGUUGCUUUGAAGAGGGAUGUGUUAAUAGGACAGGAUCACUUGGAGGGCAGAAAAUUAUUAACUGUUUCCUAUAUUUAGAUUGUUUUUGAGUGUGCAUUUUGACAGCUGUUCCUCUGUUAAUUAUGUGGGGAAAUGGUCAGGACAAGUCUCAAAAAGAGACACUGACUAUCCUUUUUGCUGUUCCAGUGCGUUUGAAUAGUCUGUUCAGUAAAUAAAUUAUUUUAGCUCUUGC